AUGGACAUGCUGAUCACAGAGGAAACCAGGAAUGGGACAGCCAUCCAGGAGUUCAUCCUCGAGGGGUUCCCUGCAGUCGAUCACCUGGGGAUCCUCCUAUUUCUAGUGCACUUGCUGGCCUACUUGUCUUGCUUUAUGGGCAACAUGCUCAUAAUUGCCAUCUCCUGCGAGGACCACCGCUUACACACACCCAUGUACUUCUUCCUCAGCACCUUCUCCAUUGUUGAGUUCUGUUGUAUAUCUACCGUUAUUCCUCAGCUGCUAGCCAUCUUUCUUUCAGGGAGGCAAAGGAUUUCCUUUGGAGCCUGCUUCACCCAAGCCUUUGUCUUUCUUUUCCUGGGGUCAACUGCUUUUUUCCUUCUUGCUGUGUUGUCCCUGGACCGGUAUCUGGCCAUCUGCAAACCUCUGCAUUACCACACCAUCAUGAGCCCAAGGGUGUGCGUCUUUCUUGUUACUGUCUGUUUAGUUCUGGGAUUCCUCCUCGUGGCCAUUCCAAUUGUAAAGCUUUCCCGGUCAUUUUACUGUGGCCCCAAUGUCAUUCCUCACUUCUUCUGUGACUUCGGACCACUUGCAAAUCUCUCCUGUUCUGAAACCAGGGCUAUCAAAAUGCUGUUUUUUAACUUUGCUUUAAUUGUGCUUUUUACAUCCUUUCUUAUAGCCGUCUUUGCAUACAGCAACAUAGUAGUCACAAUAGUGCGUCUGCCAUCAGCCAGGGAGCGACAGAGGGCUUUUUCCACCUGUUCCUCUCAUCUUAUCGUCCUCUUGCUGAUGUUUGGCAGCUGUAUGUUUAUAUACAUUAAGCCAAAGCAGUCAAGCAGGCUGGACACCAACAGAGAGGCUGCUCUAGUGAACACAGUAGUGACCCCGCUUCUGAACCCUGUCAUCUACACCCUGCGCAACAAGCAGGUCCACCAGGCUCUCAAGGAUGCAAUGUCCAAGGUCAAACUGCACAGAUAUCACAGAAAAAAAUACAUUUUGUCCUUAACUUAGUCUAACUCCAUUUUUCCAUAAAUGUUCUCUGUAAAUCAUUCAGCAUGUUAUCUCUUUCAUAUUCUGCUUCUUUGUUCUUAAAAUGAUGGCUGGCUGAUCCAGUAAUUCCAUCUGAAGGCUUUAAUAACCUCUGAUGCUGUGGGAGCUCCUUCAGCCAAUAGCCUUUAAAUCCAGCCCACUUGGGCAUGUUCUCUUAUACUAUAAAUGCAGCUGUAAAGCAUGUGUUCACUCUCUCGCUUCUGGCUCUUACUUCCAGCUGCCAGAAUCAGUUCCCAUUCCCCAUUUGUGCACAAGACUGUGAUCUAUGAGUCUCCCCUAAAUAAAUAACUAUUAUACAUAAUUCUGAAAGAGUGUGGAAUUAUUUUGUAACUUCUGUUAUCAUUGUGAUGAAAAUCUUUCUAUAACAGCUUUGGUGGCAAUUAAAACCAAAGCCUCAUACAUAUUAUGUAGGUGCUACAUUUUCAGUAAUGUAUCUCAAAUUAUCCAUGCAUAUAUUUGAUGUAUGUUGAAUCUGGGAAGUCCUGGUUUUGCACAUACUUUUUAGUGAUGGAGCGAGAA